GGAGCCAGGAAGUGAGGAGGGGCGGGGGUUUAUGAGGAGGCCAACGGACCUUUGGGGUAGAUUUGCACUCAGGGCCACCUGAGGGACUUGGCGGUAUCGCUCAGCUGUGUCCCCUCCCCUCUCAGGGACACGGUUGUCGUCUGGGAGUAGGGAACUCUGUGCGGAGGGGUGGGUUGUCGGGAGGACAUUUCUCUGGCUGCGCUUGAGGCAAGGUGUGGAGAGGCAGGGCUGGGGGUGGGGCUGGGUCGUCAGGGCGUCUGAGAGGGAAGACCCCCCCGCCCCCCACCCCCCCACCGCCCGUCUACACUGGCUGACUGGACACUAAGAUGGCUGCCGUUGCCAUGGCACCCAACCCUGUGCAGACCCUUCAGGAGGAGGCGGUGUGCGCCAUCUGCCUCGAUUACUUCACGGACCCUGUGUCCAUCGGCUGCGGGCACAACUUCUGCCGAGUGUGUGUAACCCAGCUGUGGGGAGGGGAGGAUGAAGAGGACAGGGACGAGUUAGACCGGGAGGAAGAGGAGGAGGACGGAGAGGAGGAGGAAGUGGAGGCCAGUGGGGGGUGGGACACCCCCAUGCGGUAUGAAGACUAUGAGGGCGACAUGGAGGAGGAAGUCGAGGAGGAAGAGGAGGGUGUGUUGUGGACCAGUGGCAUGGGCGGGUCCAACUGGGAAAACAUGGACUACGUGUGGGAGGAGGAGGACGAGGAGGAAGACCUGGACUACUACUUGGGGAACGUGGAGGGGGACCUGAGGGGGGAGGACGAGGAGGAUGAGGAGGAAGUGCUGGAGGAGGACGAGGAAGAGGAGCUAGAUCCUGUCACCCCACUGACCCCGCCUCCAGCCCCUCGGAGGUGCUUCACCUGCCCCCAGUGCCGCAAGAGCUUUCCCAGGCGGAGCUUCCGCCCCAACCUGCAGCUGGCCAACAUGGUCCAGGUGAUUCGGCAGAUGCACCCAACCCCUGGUCGAGGGAGCCGUGGGAACGAGCAGGGCAUUUGUCCCAAACACCAAGAAGCCCUGAAGCUCUUUUGCGAGGUGGAUGAAGAAGCCAUCUGUGUGGUGUGCCGAGAAUCCAGGAGCCACAAACAGCACAGCGUGGUGCCAUUGGAGGAGGUGGUGCAGGAGUACAAGGCCAAACUGCAGGGGCAUGUGGAAACACUGAGGAAGCACUUGGAGGCUGUGCAGAAGAUGAAGGCCAAGGAGGAGAGGCGGGUGACAGAGUUGAAGAGCCAGAUGAAGUCAGAGCUGGCAGCUGUGGCCUCAGAGUUUGGGCGGCUGACACGGUUUCUGGCCGAAGAGCAGGCAGGGCUAGAGCGGCGCCUCCGAGAGAUGCACGAAGCUCAGCUGGGGCGCGCGGGAGCAGCGGCCAGCCGCCUCUCGGAGCAGGCUGCCCAGCUGAGCCGCCUGCUGGCUGAGGCCCAGGAGCGGAGCCAGCAGGGGGGCCUGCGGCUGCUCCAGGACAUCAAGGAGACUUUCAAUAGGACCCGAGUUUCUGCCUCCUGGACCCUCUCCUUCCCCUCAGCUUCUGCUCUUCCCUCUGGGAAUAUCAUGGUCCCACCCCCUGCCCGGUCCCCUUCCUCCAGGUGUGAAGAGGUACAGCUGCAGCCCCCAGAGGUCUGGUCCCCUGACCCGUGUCAACCCCAUAGCCAUGACUUCCUGACAGACGCCAUCGUGAGGAAAAUGAGCCGGAUGUUCUGUCAGGCUGCCCGAGUGGACCUGACGCUGGACCCUGACACGGCUCACCCGGCCCUGAUGCUGUCCCCUGACCGCCGGGGGGUCCGCCUGGCAGAGCGGCGGCAGGAGGUUGCUGACCAUUCCAAGCGCUUCUCGGCAGACUGCUGCGUGCUGGGGGCCCAGGGCUUCCGCUCUGGCCGGCACUACUGGGAGGUAGAGGAGCCUAAUGAAUGCCCCCAGCCUCCAGCUCAGUCUUCUCAUCUACUAAGUCUGUCCAACAGGUCUGCAUGGGUCCCUGAUGAAAACAGUUGCCUGGUCUUCUCUCCCUCCCUCUGCCCAGGGAUCUGAGUUUUUGAGUAGGGGAUGAGGGGAGAUUGUAAUCUCAUUAUCAACUUCCCUUUCCCCAUCCCUGUUCAACUUUCAUGUCAGUUCUGAGACUGGAGGAUUUGGGCAAGACUCAUGACAGCCCUCAUUUCCAAUUCCAUUUUCUGAUGUAAAUUUUAGCUAAGGGAUUUGGAAGCUUUUUGGGGGGAGGCAGGCUGAGAAAAGGGUAGACCUGGAUAAUAAACAGUCUACUCUUUGGGGGAAGUACGAAGGAUUCUAAUUUUUCUUCCAUCCCCAAUUUCUACCUCCAUAGACUGGCCAGAAUUUAGCUUCAGUGAGAGAUCUGGAAUGGCCGACAUGAUCGCAACUCCAAACGUCACAUCACCCAAUAAAUUAUUCCUCCCCCCCCACCGCCUUCCUUUUUUCCAGCACUUAAUCUAGGAGCAAAGCUCCUCCCCUCCCCAAACCCUCAGGUCUUUUCACUGCCAGGCUCCUUUCCCUUUUGUUCAGUGGAGUUCCUUUUGUCAGGUUUCCAGCCUCUCUUCUUGUGCUUAGUUCCAUUUGGUGAGCCCUGGAGGGGAGCCUGGGGACAGGGAUUUGAAUCCCUGGGAGGAGAGCCUUGGGCAGAAUCUAUUUUUCUAGUAACCCUUUGCCUUCUGUCACUUAUCAGCUUUUGUCCUCUGCUUUGAUGGCUGGGGUCAGUUUAUGCUCCUGGGGGAAAGGGAAGAUGGGUUGUGUU